UAUCAUUCUAUGGCAGAAAAUAGCAGUAAAUUAGUAUUUCCUCCAAGACAAAAAAGAAUACGACAUAUUCGUUCUAUAGCCGGUCGGAAUAUUGCAUGGAAAAGCAUAGAUGCAGAAGAUGAAACACUCAUCACCACUAUGCCACGAUCUGAAAGUGCCAAUUCACUCAGUUUGGCUGCUGUAGAAGAUUCUUCGCUCAUGAAACGCGCUUACCAAAAGAAUGAACACCAUUUAUACAGCCUUGGAUUACUGGAUGCUUAUGCUACGCUGCAUAUAGGUGAACUGGAUGCACCCGCCUUUUACAAGAGUGAAAUGAUACCCAAUACUAUCAAUCCUACAUUUCGAUCCUUGCCCUAUCCAAUGGAUUGGAUGGAUUGGCAUGAAGCUGCAUCCAGUCUAGUGAUCAUGCGGUUAUGGACAAGGCAUUCUAUACCUGAGUCUGCUGGACAACAUACAGAACCUGUGCUGGGCUAUUCAGAGACAGAGCAUUAUGAUGGGUUUCAAUUAUUGAUAGAAUGGCAAGUGGACUUGAACGCUUUAACCUUGAUAGGCAAAUCAUCUUCAGAUCUACAUUUCUCUUUUCCAGAAAAUACUUUGCUAUUUGAACUAGAAGAUGGAUUUUAUUCUGCAACUGAUAUCUUGCCUGUCAAUCAACAUAAGCGAUCUAGUAUGUUAGAAUUAGAUCAGAAAGAUACUGCCAGUAUACAUUCUGUUCAUUCCAACAAGACCAAAGUCAAACGUUCUUGUACUUUUAAUCAUAUUUUAAAGCUGAAUACAGUCAUGGAUUGUAUAGCUGACACACAACAAUCUUCAGACCAAGUUCGUCUAUCGAUUGAAGAAAUACUCGGUCAACAAGAAAGGGGCUUUUGCCUUAAAAGAGAAUUAGAUCAGCAUCGAUCCAAGCUCGUUGAAUUAGAGGCACAGAUCAUACAGCAAAAAAGACGACUGCAGAUCAAAAGAGAGAUGUUAAAGACAAAGCAGCAAUUGCUUGAGAAUCGCACUAUCGACUUGGCUGAAGCUAAAAUACGCUGUCAAUCCAACAUGGACGACUUGCAAGAAAACGAACAUGUGUUAGAAAAGAAUAUCAAGAUGAGACAGACUACUUUCCAUUCACUCAACAGAAGAAAGAAGGAAUUGAUUGCAGAUUUAUUCUCUAUAUACCCUAUUGAACAGUCAUAUGAUGAUUCACAACAGUUUCGUAUUCGUGGCAUUUACCUACCCAACUCUGUCUAUGAUGGCCAAAAUGAAGAAUUGAUUGCUACUGCACUUGGAUUUACAACCCAUUUAGUGUCUAUGCUUGCUUAUUACCUUGAAAUCCCUUUAAGGUAUCCAACAAUACCUAUGGGAUCAAGGGCUUAUAUUCAAGACCUUGUUUCUAUGAUUAGUGGUUCUAGAGAUUUUCCGUUAUAUUCUAAAGGUGUAGACAAGUACAGGUUUGAAUUUGGUGUAUUUCUGUUAAAUAAAAACAUUGAACAAUUAAUGAAUGCUUAUGGUUUGAUUGUGAUUGACCUAAGACAUACUUUACCCAACAUUCAUUAUUUUAUUCAGGCCAUUUUGACUACUUCAGUCACAUCAGGGCCUACUUCCAUGUCUGUGCUGUCUAUUUCUUCCUACGCAAAUGGAUCUCGUAAUCAUGAAGAAAAUACUAUUCGACAACACCAUACACAUCUUACACUACAGCCUACACCCUCCUUACCUUCUCCUUCUCUCUCUGCCUCUUAUCCUAUCAUUGCUCAUUCACCUAAACUACACUCUUCUGCAUUUAUCAAUACACCUCAAGCCAUGGCUGCCCCUACUGUGCUUGAUCCCAUUACUACUUCUUCUAGUCGUCAUGUUAUGUCACCAUAAAGAGAUUUUUUUUAUUUAUUUAAAC